GUUGACCAGACGUACGCCAUUCAUCUCCGAUUGGUCCCGCGAUCAGUGUGGUCCCAUUGCUGGCGUUUCAUAAUCGCGGUGAUGGCACAAGCAUCAGAUCAUUUCUAUCCGACACCGAUGAGUAAUAGCUGGCCAUGCCUUGCGGCUGCCACCUGGUCGUUCAUCCUACUCUCAUUGAUAUGCUUCGGGGGCGCAGAUCGCGCGGAGGGCAUCUUCUCUGCAAAGAUCGGCAAGGUCACUUUUCCUGACCAGGUGCAAGAUCCAAAGUUCCGAGUGAGGUUUCUGUCGGAGAAGAGCGCGAUAAACAGACGUGAGAAGCUUAUGGCGGCGCAUCCGGACCAAACCAUCAUGAUGACGGAUAAGAAGGGCAAGAAGUUCAUGUGUCUUCUUCCCCACCGCACUCACGGUGACGGCACCGGGAGGGGCGCCGGAGAUUUCACUCCAGGGAAUGUAACAGAAGAUAAUACUACUCCGUUGAAACCCGAACAGUCCGGGUCUGAUGACUUCAGGUCGUCCGCCAAGUCGGCAGAGGAUCUGCUGAGUGCGCUACGAGGGCAAUGUUUCCAUGUAGUGAUCGACUAUUGGUGGACCUACGAAUACUGCUUCAAAAAGAGUUUGCGACAGUAUCAUCGCGACAACAACAAGAUUGCGCAAGAGUUUCACUUGGGAAAGUACGAUAAAGAGGCGACAGCAGCACUCCAAGCGUCUUCGCCUGAGGCAUUUGUGCAGAAGGAUCUGCAAUCCCACUCCUCGGAGAGCAGGUACCACGUGCACAUGAUGACGAAUGGAACGCCCUGUGACCUGACCGCUAAGCCAAGGCAGACAGAGGUCAGGUUCUUUUGCUCUGACUCGGCCACCGGCAUCUCACCGGCCAUCUCUGACUCAAAUUUUGCAAUAGAAGAGCCAUCGACGUGCUCGUAUGUCUGGACGAUCUACUCUCCCCACUUAUGCAAGAACCCAGUUUUUCAGCAGAAAAAGAAGCCUCUGAACACCAUUGAGUGUUUCCCGCUUGGGGAAGGGAACCUCGAACAGGCUGUUGCAAGAUCGUGAGUCAAAAAAAAUUUGAAACUUGAAAAGUGUCUAGCGAGGAGAGCAACGAGCUGUCACGAGUGUGCAAUGCUGUGUACACUUCAAUUCACGAGUGCAUGAAAAAGCUUGUUUCUUGCAUGAAUGCUACUUAUAUGAAAGAAACCAAACCACCUGGGUCUGUUUCUGCUAAGGACAACCUUUUCACACUACCCGGUACUAAACGAGGAUUUUUCGUUAUUUCGUUCUUUUUCUUCUUCUUCUCCUCUCUCUCUCUCUCUCUCUCUCUCUCUCUCUCUCUCUCUCUCUCUCUCUCUCUCUCUCUCUCUCUCUCUCUUGCUAUGGGUGAUGCAAUCUCUCUGUCGCACAGUGAUUGUUGCUAAUCGUGCUAUGCUCAACCGCACUGUGGUCUUCUCUUCUCACGAAUCCAAGUGCUUUAACAAAGGUACGUCAAAGUG